AACUGGACUGUGGCUGUGGUAGUUUCAGACAAACGCGAUAACAACUACAUACAUCAGCGGUAAAAUUAGUAUUAUUUUUGUACCAUAGUUCCGACCAAAUUUCGGUGAAAAUAGGUUAAUUUUAAGCAAUAACAGACAUAAGCAAGCCACCCAUACACCAAGAAACAUGAAUACCUUUAUGAUUUUCGUCACAGCAUUCAUCUGUGUCCAGAUACAAUAUUUAGUAUCCGCAUCGUCUGAAUCUAGUGAAGAGGAAUAUCGCGUAAUUUUACCUGGUGAAAUACGUCUAUUAGGACUAGCUGGUGUAGGAGUAGUUAGUCAGCCUGCUUUACAAGCGGUUAAAGUAAAAGUGCCACGCUAUGCAAAGCCUUUAACCAAACAAUUGCUGAUUUCACAAGCAUUGUCAGCUCGUGGAAUAGGCAGUGAAACGCAAAAGAAAGUCUUGUUGGUACGUGAUAGACGUCAAGUUUCAAGUGCAGUCAAUGAGGUAAUUUCUGGGCCUACGACUACAGCGAGCGAUCGUUUAUCCAGCACAGUCACCCAAGUGCCAGCAGUUGGAGGUGCCACAAAAGCACCCGUUGCAGCUGGUGUUCCUGUUGUCAGCAAGCCAAAUUAGUGCUUGAUAUAUUAGAGUAAAUACUUUUGGUUUGGAAAUUGGUUUUAUAAACCUCUAAAAAAUAAGUUUGUAAC